UCACGCAGAGCAACAACCAAUCGGAGAGCAGCCGUUUGGAUUUAUGCCAGGGUCUUUUUGGCUUGUAAGACUUUCGGACAGGUGACCAGGGCCAGUUUUUUUUCCUCCCCCCUCACAAAAAAAUUGAAGGUCUGCCGAGUGGAGAUGCCAUACACGCCGUCUGGCUUUUUCUGCGACCGGUUGAUCCGGGAACGAGAAAGGAGAGACGGGGAAGGGUCCCUGAACAAGCCCAUCCGGUUCAACGGCCAGGACUACAACACCCUGAGACAGGACUACCUGCAGAGGAAGACUCUGUUUGAGGAUGAAGCUUUCCCCGCCACAGUGGAGUCUCUGGGCUUCAAGGAGCUCGGACACAAGUCCAACAAGGUCAAGAACAUCGUCUGGAAGAGGCCUAAGGAAAUCAGUGAAAACCCUGAGUUCAUUGUCGGAGGAGCGAGUAGGACAGACAUCUGUCAGGGAGAUCUUGGUGACUGCUGGUUGUUAGCCGCUAUUGCUUGUCUCACCCUGAAUGAGAAACUCCUCUACCGAGUUGUUCCCCAGGAGCAAAGCUUCUCUGAGAAUUAUGCCGGCAUCUUUCACUUCCAGUUCUGGCGUUACGGUGACUGGGUCGACGUCGUCAUUGACGACCGCGUCCCGACUUUCAACAACCAGCUGGUCUUCACUAAGUCCGCCGAGAGAAACGAGUUCUGGAGUGCCCUGCUGGAGAAGGCCUACGCAAAGCUUCACGGCUCUUACGAGGCCCUGAAAGGCGGGAACACCACGGAAGCCAUGGAGGAUUUCACGGGAGGCGUCACCGAGUUUUACGAGAUGAAGGAUGCUCCAAAAGAGCUUUAUAAGAUCAUGAAGAAAGCCCUGGAGAGAGGCUCACUCAUGGGCUGCUCCAUUGAUUCUCUGGUUCCUGCUCGCUUUGAGACCCGCACAGUGACGGGACUAGUGAAGGGUCACGCCUACUCCGUGACAGCGGUGGACGAGUGCAAACCCUCUCAGCACAAGGACAACAAAGUUCGUCUGGUGCGUCUCAGGAACCCAUGGGGUCAGGUGGAAUGGAACGGCCCCUGGAGUGACAACUCCAAAGAGUGGGCGAAUCUCUCUAAGGCUGACAAAGACAAACUGCAGCACCAAAGCGCAGAGGAUGGAGAGUUCUGGAUGUCAUUUGAGGACUUCAAGAAGAAUUACACUAAGAUUGAGAUCUGUAACAUGACACCCGACGCCCUCGAGGACGACAAGAUCCACAAGUGGACGGUUUCUGUGAACGAGGGCCGCUGGGUGAGAGGCUGCUCCGCCGGAGGCUGCAGAAACUAUCCAGACACCUUCUGGACCAACCCUCAGUACCGCCUCCGCCUGCUGGAGGAGGACGACGACCCGGACGACAACGAGGUGGUCUGCACCUUCGUGGUGUCCCUGAUGCAGAAGAACAGACGAAAAGAGCGAAAGAUGGGGGCCAACCUCUUCACCAUCGGAUUCGCCAUUUACGAGGUGCCAAAGGAGAUGCAUGGAAACAAGCAGCACAUGCAGAAGGACUUCUUCUUGGUCAACUCCUCCAAGGCCCGCUCCAGGUCCUACAUCAACCUGCGGGAGGUGACGCAGCGCUUCCGCCUGAGCCCCGGCGAGUACGUCAUCGUGCCUUCCACGUACGAGCCGCACCAGGAGGGGGAGUUCAUCCUGAGAGUCUUCUCUGAAAAGAGGAACACCUCAGAGGAGAUAGAGAACAGGAUCGAAGCGGACCGUCCUGUGGUAAGUCCGAGUUCGCUUCGCACCGUUUUGGGUUGGAACGACAACAUGUUUUUUUGUUGUUGUUUUUUUUUCUUAUUGCACCUCGUUUUACCCCGGCAGCCGGCUCCGGCCUCGGCGGGGGAAGAGAGCGAGGAGGACCAGCAGUUCCGGACUAUUUUUCAGGAGAUAGCCGGCGACGACAUGGAGAUCACAGCUAAUGAACUGAGAAACGUUCUCAACAGGGUGAUCACCACGCAUAAGGACCUGAACACGGAGGGCUUCAGCCUGGAAAGCUGCAGGAGCAUGAUUGCUCUGAUGGACAUGGACGGGACAGGUAGACUCAACCUGCAGGAGUUUAUACAUCUGUGGAAUAAGAUCAAGCAGUGGCAGGGAAUCUUCAAACAUUAUAACGCCGAUCAAACCGGCAGCAUCAACAGCUACGAGAUGAGGAACGCCGUCAACGAUGCAGGCUUCCGUCUCAACAACCAGCUGUAUGACAUCAUCACUAUGCGCUACGCGAACGAGAACAUGAACAUCGACUUCGACAGCUUCAUCAGCUGCCUGGUUCGGCUCGAAGCCAUGUUCAGGGCCUUCCAAGCAUUUGACCAGGAUGGAGAUGGAACCAUCAGACUCAGCGUCCUGGAGUGGCUCCAGUUGACCAUGUACGCCUAGACAGGCCCACCUUCUCCCAGGUGAACUCCACUCCACAUGAGGACCAGACCUGCCAGCCGUUACCUCAGUAUUCAUCAUGCCCGACCGCCGUUGGCUUUCAUCCACAUCAACCUCCAGAAGCUCCAAAGGACGUCUUCACCUCCACCGUUCUGUUUCCUCUGCCCUCGUCCUGCCACCAUCACAUCGGACUCUUUUUAGUUACAUUUUCUUUUUUUUGGACAUCAUCACCUGUUGUACUGUUC